CCUCACUUUCGCAUUCAAUUGGCAAUCGGCUGUUUAUUUUUUCUGCUCAACGCACGGUUUUAAGUAAUUACAAAAAUUACAUUACUUUUAUUGUGUACAAAAGUGUUAAAAUUCCUAAAAACGUUCUCCAAAAUACCAAUAAAGUCGCGUAAAUUUCAAUGCAAACGACGUGACAGCGCAUUAACAGCCGGAGUGAAACGCGGUCGAAGAAGGAAAAAAACGGCAAGGUAAUGGACGAGCCACCGUUACAACAGGCGCUAUCGCGCAAGGAGUCAGAAUACAUUGAUCAUGAUCUUCCUUUGCAAUCGCUCUUAGCGCCCUCAUUCAUACGUGACACCAACAACUACUUAAUUGAUUUUAUGGAGUCAACGCCAUUAGUCACCUCAGCUAACACAGUGCCAACAACGGACGGCAGCGGCGGUGGUGGCGCUUAUAAUGUAAAAGUGUCUGAUACAGUUUCACUCACACCCGAUCUGCAUUUUCCAAAUACAAUUUUCCACUAUCGACCCACACCGGCCGAUGUGGCCGUAAGCAAUGUAACAAAUGUAGCCGAAGCCACCUUAAGCGCUUUAAAUACGCCAACACAAACAGCAGCAACAUUACCGAUGGUAUUAACUAGUAGAUCUGACAACAAUGCCACCUCCUAUAGCCACAACAAGCACACACAGUAUAUAACAUUAAAUGGUGAUUUCCUUAACAGCAGUGGAUCAGUCAAUCAGGCAGGCGAUGAUGCUGCUGUGCAACAAUUCCUGUUAGCCGAUGGUAAUGUGAGUUUAGACGAUGCGGCGGACCUUAUGAAUGUUAGUGUUGAUGAUCUGUAUGAGCGUCAUGUGUCCAAUGCGCGUAAAGUGCUGCCCCACAAAAAGCGCAUCUCACGCAAGUUGCGUGUAUCGCUGAGUGGCGCGGAUAAUGAAAUGGCACAGGUACCCUUGGGUGAGGUGCAAAAAUUGCAGCAGCAGGGGCGCCUGAAUGUGUCGAUGUUUAAUUGUGAGAUUUGUGGGCAUACUUCGGAUUCGCAGCUGCAGUUUUUCGCGCAUCUAAAGCAGCACUAUGAACCUACCACGCCGGAUACGAUAUUGGCAGCUAUGAAAACUUCGCUGGAGGCUUUGGAGCCGCAAAAAAUAUUGACGGCGAUUAAGAAAUCCCCUGACGCGAAUGUCGAUCAAGUCUUCAAUGAUGUGCACUUAAAUUUCCCUGACUUUUCUGGCGUGGACGAGUCACCAAUGCGUCAUGUUUUGAACACAGUAGGCGAUGGCAACAAUGAAAUGAAUACAACGGACAUUAGUAAAUGUAUGACUUUUGUGCCACGACCUGCCUCGCCACCGUCAAAACGCACCGUUGAGGUGGAAUUCAGCGACAGCGAGGAUAUGCUCGAGGGCAUACGUAAUGUGGUGGACAAAGUGUCCAUCGAAGACACUUGCGAUGCGCUGGACUUGAUGACUUCCAAUGGCAUACGUGGCACAUGGUUCACUAACGACAACUUCAAUGGCAUUACCUUCAAGAACAAAUCAUAUAGCGAUGUCACGUUCACGGAACCACUACCCCCCAUGACCAUGAUGAGUAGCGCCGCUUUAACACGAGCCAAUACAACGCCGAAAGAGUCAAACACGCUACCGCCGGCAGAAAAACUACUCUCAUACCAAAAGUCUGAUGGUAACAUACAAAAAAUGGAGCUCCAAAUACCUGCCGACCAUGAUGGUGUUGUUGAUGAUGAUGAUGAUGAUGAUGACAUUGUGAACGACAUUGUAAACGAAAUUGCUGAAGAAAGUGGCAACAUUGUGGUUACAAACGAAGCCAACGGUACCACAUACUAUAAUGAUGAAUUACCGCCCAUAAGCUUAUCCAGUGUUGAAGCGGAUGAGCCACAAUUACAGUGUCAGUCACCGCCAGAGCCAAACACAACCACGGACUUACUUCAACCAUUACAUGUGUCACAAUUUGAUUUGGCCGAAAAUGCCGACGUACCAGUGCGUCUGAAAAGUGCACAACUAAGAAAUGCUAUAGACAGUAAUGAGGUGGUGGUGGAGGAGGAGGUGAUCUGCAAAGAAGAACCCGUCACCUAUGAGGAAAGCGAAGUGCGUUUCGUCGAAUACAAUCCAAUAGAGGAAAUACUACCGGAUAAUGGCUGCGACGAUGAGGAUAUACCCGUUGUCUCGGAAAACAAGAAACGCAAAUACAAUUGCACGAAAUGUGAUCGUGAAUUCAAUUCGCGCAAUGCGCUUAGAUAUCACGUAAGCACACACAGUGGCCUGCGUCCACAUCAGUGUAACCAUUGUGACAAAUCGUUUUUGGCCUUAAAUGCGCUGAAGGCACACAUACGUACGCACACCGGCGAUAAGCCGUAUAAAUGUGACUAUUGUCAACGUGAUUUCCGUCAAUGGGGCGAUCUGAAGUAUCAUGUCACGUCGAAACACACCGACGAUAAGAACCACCAGUGCGAAUAUUGCGGUAAAGCGUUCUCGCGCAAAUACUCGCUGGUACUGCAUCGUCGCAUACACACCAGCGAGCGCAAUUUCAAGUGUGAAUUCUGCAGUAAGGCAUUCCGCGCGAGCACAUAUCUACAGGAUCAUCGCAGAAUACAUACUGGUGAAAAGCCCAACGUGUGCGCGAUUUGCUCGAAACGUUUUCGCAUGAUAGGCGAUUUGCGUCGCCACGAGCGCAUACACCAGCGUGACGACGCUAAAAAGACCACAAAAAGUGCGAAAGGUGUGAAAAAUGCGAAAAGUGCAAAAGGUGGAAAAAGUGCAAAGAAGUAGUUAGAAAUAUAGACUGAAAAAUUUUUAAAUAAUACAAUAUAAUGAAUGAGCAAACACGCAUGCACAUACUCAGCGUCAAUAAAUUGUAUUUAUGUACAUAUGUAAGUUAGUGCAGCACAACUCUAUAUAAUGCCUUGGUGUGCCACCAUCAAUCCAAAGCGUCCACCGACGCGGCAAACUGUUGCGCUUUCAUCACUUCGUUUGUAAGUUACACAUACAUAUGCAUCUUCGUAGUUAAGUCGCUGUUUAAUUUUCAUUAUUUACUUUCGUACAUAUAUGUAUUUAUAUGUAUGUUCCGUAUUAGUUGGCGUGGUUUGUUUCGUUCAAAAAUUGCUGCCGCCUCUGCGUCCAUGCUGAGAUUCGGUCCAAUUCAAGGCGUAAAUGUACAAAAUAUUGCUACUUUAUAUACCAACCAUUAUAUAUGUACAUACAUAAUCUGUAUCUAGUAAGUUGUAUGUACGCACAACGGUAAAUAAAUUUGUACACUAAUGUGCCCACAUUC